AUGCAGUCUAAAACCAUCAGAAAAUAUCGACCUGAGGAUUAUUCGCAUGAAAAACUUUAUUAUGAUGAUUACUAUAGGGUAGUCGGUCCUGAUUUUGUUUUCAACCCUACUGAUGCUCAAAUUCUUGUAUUGUUCUUGAUCAACAAAAUCAAGAACCAGAAGAUGCCUCUCCAUUGGAUUAAACUUGCUAAUAUAUACGAGAUCGACCCCGAGAAACUUGCUGAUGAAUAUGGGCAGACUAUAGAGAAAAUUUGGUACUUGUUUACAUUAAGGGAUAGAAAAUGCGAAAACGAGAAAAUAAGUCUAUCUACAAUUGAUGGGUAUUGGCAAGCAGUAGGAGAAGAUGAAAACGUCGAAAAAAAUGGUGAAAUUGUUGGAUUUCGAAAGACGUUUCACUUCUACAAGGGACACCCUGAAAGCAGUACUAAUACAUGUUGGAUUAUGCAUGAAUUUAGAGCUAUUGAUCCUCUGCCCCCGAAAUACAGUCGUGUUGAAGGACAAACCAAGUUGGAGAAGGAUUGGGUUUUGUGCAAAAUAUGCAACACUGAGAUUGAUUCAGAAUCAGGAGAAUGGGUUGAAGACCCAGAUUAUGUCCCCUCAGAAGACGAGGAAGAGGAAGAAGCAGCUCCAUGA